UGACAACCUAAUUUAUUCCCAUCCCAUAUACAUGAAAUUACAAAACAAGUUGUCAAAAAGGAAAAAGUAGAUAAAUUAAGUUUGAGAACCGGCCGGAGAGGGAAAAAAUGGAGGAAAAAGACGGUGUUGUGGAGUCGACUCCGGCGUUCCGGCUAAAAUGGGACGUGUUCUUGAGCUUAAGAGGCGAACAUACCGGAGACGGAUUCACUAAUGAUCUCUACAAUAGUAUCUUCUCGAAUGGAAUCGAGUCUUUGUAGACAAUGAAGAAAUGGAUUGGGGCGACGAAAUAGCGCCGAGUUUGCUAGAAGCGAUUGAGGAUUCGGCUGCAGCAAUUGCUGUUAUAUCACCUAAGUAUGCAUCCUCCCGGUGGUGCUUGGAGGAGUUGGCGAGAAUUUGCGAGGUGAGAAAACUUGUGCUUUCGGUGUUCUUUGAAGUUGAUCCGUCGGAUGUACGGAGAUUGAAAGUACCAUUUAAGAAGGACAUUGAGGAUCUGGAGAGAAGAUUUGGAGUGGAAAAAGUGGUGAGAUGGAGGAACGCCAUGGAAAGAGUUGGAGGGAUUUCUGGCUGGGUUUACAACCACAGGGAAGCGGCACAUGUGAUUGAAACUUUAGUUAAAAGGAUCCUGAAUGCAAUGAGCAACUCCCCAGUUGUUGUUGCUCCAUAUAUGGUGGGGCUUGAUUUUCCCAUACAAGAAUUGAUGGAAAUGUUGGAUGUAACUCACAAUGUCCCCCAAGUUCUAGGGUUCCUUGGUACCGGAGGAAUUGACAAGACAACUCUUGCCAAAGCUGUUUACAAUAAACUUACAAGGCAUUUUGAAUGCCGCAGUUUCAUAUAAGAUGUUAGAGAAACUUUUGCUAAGCCCGAUGGUGUAUUGUUACUUCAGAACAAACUCAUUAAAGAUCUUUCUACGAGUUUAGUGCAUCCCAAUUACAACAAUAAUGAUUUUUUGUCAGAAAUCAGAAGAAUAUUUAUGGAAA